AAUUAUAUUUCAGCGGUGCCGAUCAGCGCCAACGUCUUAGGCUGCACGAGCAUUUUGUCGCUGUUAUUGAUAAAAAAGAUUCCCGGCUAAAUAUAAGUAAGAGAAAAGCUAUCAAAGCUCUACCAGUUAUGAGUACCACAGACGGCAUAAAGCUUCUGAUCUGUGGCAGUGGUAAUGGUGCGCAUGCCUUCGCUGGCAUCGCCUCGUCACAUCCGGGAACUGAAGUCAGGGUGCUCAGUUUGUAUCAAGACGAGGCUGAGCGUUGGAGCAAAAUCAUGCAAACCGCUGACCUAGAGAUCACAUGCAACCGCCGUGACCAAGACCCGAGCAUCAUCAGGUCCAAGCCAGCUUUGAUAACUAAAAACCCAGAGAAAGCCGUGCGUGGUGUUGACAUCAUAGCCUUCGUGCUGCCAGCAUUUGCCCAUCAAGUGUUUCUGGAAGCUCUUAAGCCGUAUAUUGAACCGGGUGUGAUAAUUGUUGGUCUGCCAGGGGCCUCGGGACUAGAAUUCCAAGUUCGCGGCAUACUGGGAGAUAAAGCAAACAGUUGUACGGUGAUGAACUUCGAAUCCUUGCCUUGGGCUUGUCGUCUGAGUGAAUUCGGCAGGAAAUGCGAAGUCCUGGGAACCAAGGAGACCCUGGUUGGCGCAAUGCAGGUCGGAUCCGAUGCACCACCUAAGAAGGAGCCAGUUACGUCUUUACAGUACCUUCUUGGUGGGGUUCCUCGCUUGACUGUCUCUGGGCACCUUAUCGGUGUUUCUCUUAUGAACCCUAAUGCGUGCUCGCACCCGGCCAUCAUGUAUGGUCAAUGGGUGGGGUGGGACGGGACUCCAUUGGACCAACCACCCAUGUUUUAUACCGGAGUCACUGAAGAGACAGGCGAGCUUCUUACCAAAAUGUCGGACGAGGUAGUUCACUUGGGAAAAGUCAUCGCGGAAAAGUCUGGAGCCGAUAUGUCUCAGGUCGUUCCCAUGUUAGAAUGGGAUUUACGCUGUUAUCCUGAAGAUAUAGCUGAUAAAACAAACCAGUACACCGCUCUGCGAACAAACGCCGCUUACCAGGGCCUUAAACAUCCCGUGAAAGAGACUGGACACGGAAAAUUCGUGCCAGACUUUCAUCACCGCUAUCUGACAGAGGAUAUCCCAUACGGGCUCUCUGUCAUACGGGGUAUAGCGGAUAUCGCAGGAGUGAAGACGCCAUACAUCGAUAAAGUGCUUCUCUGGGCUCAGGGAAAGGUCGGGAAAAAUUACAUUGAAGAUGGCCAGCUUAAAGGGAGUGAUGUCACUUCCACCAGAGCCCCACAAAGAUACGGCCUCUUAACACUAAAAGACGUUCUGGGUUGAUGACAUAGCUGUUGCUUAUGGGGCACAGAACUAAUUUUUGGCUAUUCUGCUGCUUCAACGCCGCAAACGCUCUUUUCAACCCCUCUCAUACUAAAGCCACCGUUUAGAACUUCAAGUUUUUUUAUAGGCCCCCUCUGUUAGCUAGCGUCACAGUAAUGUAAUUUAAAGCCUGAAAUACUUUCCGUUUUGUGUCCGUUUUGUGUAUCGUAGGGUUCUAGCGAGAGAAAUGUAUAUUGUUUACAGUGUUCAUUAAUUCUGGACGACGAAUGAGGAGAAAACUGUUGGCUCGCAUAUUGGAUUGCAAUAAGUUAGCGACAAGGGCCUCCCCCCUUCUCUGUUAAGGUCUCCAUUUGAGGGAACUGGAAUGAAAGAAGUCACGGGGGGGGGGGGCGUACUUGUACUGAAAGCGACUUUCCUAAAGCAUUUGUAGUAUUGUGCAUAUACCUUGCAAAGGAGAAAGGUCAGUCUCAAGUCGGCAAGGAAACUGGCCGGUUUACAAAAGUUUAUUUGAGAUUAGUUGUUGGAAGCAGCGUCAAUUUUCUGUUUGAUGAUUUUUAAAAAAGGUGUAGCAUUUUAAAUGUUGUUGUGUCUAAAGAUUCCCAGAAACCUUGGUAUUAAAGACAUAACUUCAGUCUCGUUA